CACCCCUGGCGGCGCGCGAGGACCCCGCGGCAAGAUGGCGGCGCCCAUGCGGCCGGCGCUUCGCCUGCUCGGGCUGGCGGUGCCCCUGGGCCCGGGCCGCCGGGGUUACCGGGCUGGGCCGCCCCCGCGCCGCUCGACGGAGCCCUGGUGGCCGGACCCCGCCGACCCGAUGACCCCGCACUGGCAGCGGGGGCCGCGCUACGCCGCCAAGCAGUUCGGGCGGUUCGGCGCCGCCUCCGGGGUGGCCCCCGGCUCGCUGUGGCCGACGGCGGAGCAGCUGCGGGAGCUGGAGGCCGAGGAGCGCGAGUGGUGCCCCAGCCUGGCCGCCAUGCAGGAGGCGCUGCGCGCGCGGCAUCUGCAGAGGGAGCAGCGGCGGCUGGCCCGGGAGCGGCUGAUCGCCGAGCGCCUGGCCCAGAUGCCGCAGCUGGUCGCCCAGUGGCGGCGGCGGCAGCAGGAGCAGCGGGAGGCGGCCGAGGCGCAGCGGGCGCGGCGGGCGCGGCUGGCGGCGGAGGCGCAGGAGCGGCUGGGCUACGACGUGGACCCGCGCAGCGCCCGCUUCCAGGAGCUGCUGCAGGAGCUCGACCGGCAGCAGCGCCGCCAACUCAAGGAGCAGAAGCGGCAACUCAAGAGGGAGGCCCGCGCCGCCGCCGCCGGGCCCCCCCAGGGCCCCCCGGAGCCCCCCGCAUCUGGGCCCCCGGAGCCCCGAUCGUAGAGCAGACGGCGGGCGGGGCCGGGCCGCGGUGAUUAGCCGACGACGGGGAGCCCCCCCCCCAUAUUCCAGGGAGCCCAGCAGACGGACCAGUGGAAACCGGCUUUUAAAAACUUUAUUCGCUUCCAAACCUUCAGUUGUUUUCUUUUUGGGGGGAGAGGGUGGGGAGGGGGCGCUCCGGGUGUGUUUGGGCUGAAGGGUUGGGGUGUCACCCCCAUUUCUCCCCCGUUGUUGGGGGGACUCCGCUCAGGUUCCCUGUCCCUUCGCCCAGCAAAUGGAGAACCGGGCGGGGGGCGGGGGCCAGGUCUGGCUGCUCCUGUGAGCGCUCAAGUGGGGGCGCUGCCCAACCCCCCUACCCUGGGGGGCUUCUGGGGCUCUGGGGGAGCCAGCCCGCCUUUCGCCUUUCGCCUUCCCAUCUGGCUGCCUGGCUGCCGCGGGAGCUGGGACAGAGGCCAAGGGGGGCCAUCUGUCGCCGGCAGGGCUGGCAGCUCGCGGUGCGGGGAGGGGGCCACAGAUGUCUGGCCCGGGUCUUCUCAGGCCAACGAGGAAGGGGGGGUCCUCGGGCGGCUGGGAAGUUGGGGGGCUGGCGGCUUUUUUUUAAGGUUUUUGAUUUUUUUUUUCUUCUCCGCUUCUUAAAUAAACAUGAAUAUAUAUAUA